AUGGAUUCCACCCCGAACGAUGCUACAAUCACCGCUCCUAACGAGUUGCCUAUUCCCGAAGAGGCUACUUUGCCCGCAAUCACAGCUACCCCCACAAAACGUGGGAGACUAUUCCCCUUCGGCCCUGGGAGUGACUUCAGCCCAAAACGUCGUAAGAUAGAUGGGCUUGACACCGAGACCUUAGCUACCGACCAGGGUGAGGAUGAAACCGCCUCCAGCGAAGUUGCUACACUCCCGUUGAAUUCUUCCUAUUUUGAUAAGCGGAAAGACGGUGCGACGGCAGCUACCCCUCCACCAUCUGCGCUCUUGGUCACCUCUUCGCCAAUCACGCAGCCUACGCAGCUGCUGGACCCCAACAGGACUCCCAGGGCCGCUCCUCCCCUUAUUCAGGUCGCGGCAUCGUCGCCCAUUCGAGAGGAGCUUGCUUCGCCGGCCGGGGCGAAGCCGUUCACCAAGGUGAAGCCCACCUCUGUCGCUCUUCAACAGGAUGGCUCGGUUAGGCCUUUCGACUUUUACCCCUCGAGGCCCAAUGGAGCAGAGAAUGUUGAUCUGACUGACGAUGGAUUACACUAUGUUGGCGGAUCCUCGGAUGAGGGAUCAGACCAUGACAUAAAGCCAACAUUUGUGGGGAGUGCACUGGCCGGCAAAGCUGUACCCUCUGUCAGCGCCAUGCGUGGCCGCCGAGAUGACGCCAAACCAUCUGACGAGCCUACUAGAGUUGAGGAGUCUCCCGUUACAAUACGUAACCUUGCCCGAAAGUUCGCUUUCAACCCUUCGGCUAAGCCUCAAACCGCACGCAUACCUUUUCAGGGCCGACUUGACUCUGUUAGGAGGCCAACGACCACAUACUCCUCCGGAACCGCUACCAUUGCAGGCUCGCGCCCUCGCAACCAAACGAAUGGUUAUUCACUGAAUGACUUCAAGGUCUCUGAGAUCGAGAACAAGGUGUACCAAAAUCACGUUAGGCGCAUGUUAAUCGUGCUUCCAUUGAAGCCCGUUAGAGUGCUUUUAGCCGCUCUUAUGGAGAAGAAGGGAAAUUAUGAUGACGCGAUGGCUGCGCUCUUGGAGGACGAUGAGGACACCAUCGAUCUUACCGGAUCCGGCGAUGAGAGAUCCGGCGGCAAGGCCCCUCAAAUGAAGACAUCGAACCGUGCCGCCACUGCUCCGAGAGGGACCAUUAGAGACAAAUGGUCGUCCACACAGGCGCAGACCGAGGUGGCCGCCUCGCCAGAGCCCGCGCCUAAACCGAGAAGGCGGCUGGUCAAGGGUUCUUCGAGAGAAGUAUCCUCUUCCCCGCCCGCACCUGCCCACUUCGACGAUGACACCGACUCGGCUGCACAAUCCGACGGCAAUUCGGACGAGGAACGAGCUCUCGAGGACAAGGUUUUAAAAUACAUUAAUACAUGUACCUUGAAAGAGCUCUCCGAUAUAUCAUGUACCGCUGCGGAAACUGUCAAGAUUGUCAUCUCUCAACGACCUUUCCGCUCUCUCGGUGAAGUCCGCGCUGUCACAAGUGAUGCCGCCCCAGUGAAAGGCAAAAAGUCCAGAGGAGCACGCACUCGCGCUAUUGGGGAUAAGAUUGUCGACAUUUGCUUGGAAACUUGGAGGGGGUAUGACGCUGUGGACUCUCUCAUCGCAAAAGUUGAAGAGCUUGGGAAACCUGUGGCAGAGAGCAUUAGGAAAUGGGGUGUCGAUAUAUUCGGUGCUGCCGGGGCCGGCGGCGAGCUUGAGAUCCUAGAUGUCAUACCUGACUCUGGCGCUCCGUCGUUGAAGGAUUCUGCCAUUGGCACACCCACUGAUUCUUUGGACGAUGGUGAUGAAGUAAAAGGCACCAGGAGAGAGAACCAGAUUGGCAACUUCUUCAAGCAGCAGCCCAAGAACAUGGCAGAAGGCGUCAUCCUUAAGGAUUACCAGGUUGUUGGUGUUAAUUGGUUGAGUCUCUUGUACGAGAAGAAACUCAGCUGUAUUCUAGCUGACGAGAUGGGUGUGUUUUCCCCCAUGAACGUUACAAGUAUAACUUACUGACACCCGUUAGGCCUUGGAAAGACCUGCCAGGUUAUCGCAUUUCUCGCGAGAUUGCUGGAGGGCGGAAUCAAAGGUCCCCAUUUAGUUGUUGUUCCUUCUUCCACUUUGGGUAAGUCCGGCCCUUCGUUCAAGCAUUAUCAAUACUUGCCCCGAGCCAGAAGUACCCGAAAACAGGCGGAUGUAUUUGUACUGGCGCUUAGAUACGCACAUAUUUUUCACUAUAUCUUUCUUUCAUACCUGUUUUCGGACCCUUCCAACCCGAGACAAGGAGUGGCAGCGACUAACAUUGUUCACACAGAGAAUUGGCUUCGCGAGUUCAAGAGAUUUUGCCCAGCAUUAGUUGUAGAACCCUACUACGGAUCUCUUAAAGAACGAGCUGAGAUGCGUAUUUCUCUAUGCAAGCGGAAAGAUUGGAAUGUCUUGGUUACCACAUACCAGCUAGCUACUGGCGAUAGGAUAGACAAGAGGUUCCUUAAGGAUCUGUCCUUUAAUGUAACCCCCACCCCCCCCCCCUCCGAGGAAAAUACUGUAUGCUAACAUUUCAAGGUUUGCGUCUACGAUGAGGGGCAUCUCCUUAAAAAUAGUUCGUCCAAUCGUUAUGAUGCACUCAUGAGACUACCCGCUGUUUUCCGGCUAUUGUUAACCGGAACACCGCUUCAGAACAACCUUCAAGAACUUGCCUCCCUUCUAGCUUUCAUCCUCCCGGAGGUUUUCAAUGAGAAGCGUGAGGAUCUGGCAAGCAUAUUCAAGUACAAGGCCAAAACCACCGACAACGAGGAGUCGAAUAGCGCCCUAUUGUCCAUACAGAGGAUCAGGCGUGCCCGUGCGAUGAUGACACCAUUUGUCCUACGAAGGAAGAAACAACAGGUUUGUUUAUUCUUGACGCGCCAUUUCAAUCUUUGUUUACCAAUCAUGCUAAUAAUGUAUACAGGUUCUCAAACACUUGCCGGGGAAGACGAGCCGUGUCGAAUACUGUGACAUGAACAAAGCCCAAGAGGCUAUUUACAAAGACCACCUCGACCUAGCAGCCGAAGCAAUCGCAGCACGAGCCGCCGGUCAAAAGGCCUCCAAAUCCAACGCCAACGUGAUGAUGCAGCUCCGUCAGGCUGCCAUCCACCCGCUGUUGUUUCGAAAGCAUUACACAGAUGCAAAGAUUCUCCAGAUGAGCCACGCAAUUCUCGGAGAGGACAUCUACUCGGACUGCAACCAACAACUCGUUCUGGAAGACAUGGAAGUCAUGAACGACCUGGAGCUCAACAAACUCUGCAUAAAGAACCCAAAGACGAUGGGGAAAUACGCCUUUAAGCGAAAGGAAUGGAUGGCGUCUGGCAAGGUUGAGGCGUUGAUUAAGCUACUUAUGGAGAUGCGCGAGAAGGGGGACCGGGUCUUGAUCUUCAGCCAGUUCACUCAAGUCCUCGAUUUAUUGGAACUCGUGAUGACAACCCUUGGAUUCGGGUUCCUCAGAAUUGAUGGAUCGACGCCGGUUGACAUGAGACAGGACAUGAUUGAUCAAUACCAUGAAGAGGAGGAUAUCAUGACUUUUUUGCUCAGCACUAAAGCCGGUGGAUUCGGUAUCAACCUUGCCUGCGCGAAUAAGGUUGUCAUAUUCGAUAGCAGUUUCAACCCGCAUGAUGACGCGCAGGCUUCGGACCGGGCGCAUCGUGUGGGCCAGACUAGGGAGGUUGAGGUUAUUAGGUACUUGCGCUCUCCCCUUCUUUUACUAACCACCUGGUCACUAAUGGUGUAUGUAUAGACUGGUCACCAAAGGCACCAUCGAAGAGCAAAUCCUUGCCCUGGCAAAUACAAAACUCGCCCUCGACCAAUCCAUAUCCGAGGACGACAAUGCGAUUGAAGGAAAGGCCCAGGAGAUUGUUGCUGGGAUGUUGCUCAAGGCCGAGGAGGAAAGGGGGAAGGGAGUUGGGGGGGGUAGUGGAAAGGCUGAUGGCAAGGAAAAGAGCGGCGAGGAGUAGCCUGGCAUAGCCUAGAGAAGCUCUUCCGUCUCCCUUCUUUCCCCCUCUUGGCGUUUUUCUCGCUUUUUUUUAUUGGGCCGCGAUCUUGUUUCAAAUUUAUUUGUGUUUUUCAUUUUAUGCCCACCUCGCUCCGCAUCACUUUGGCCCAUCCCACCAUUCACCCCGGGCCCCAUUAACUCCGCCUCCUCACCGGAGCAUAAGCAUUAGAAGGGCAAGAACCACCACGACCUAGACUCCUUUGCUUUAUCCCCCACACCCACACCCACCCUUACCCUUCUGCCUUACUUUACUUGACUUUGCGAUUGCUGGGUAUGUACUUUUUCUCUUUCGUAACCAUUUAUCUAUCUAGAGAUCAUCCCUUUUUCCUUUUUUCUCUUUUUCAGUCAGGUCUCGGGGUUCGAGUUUUAGAUUUCUUUUUAUCUUGCCUUUGCUUUGCCGGGAGGGAAAAUGGAUGCGUGAUGUUGGGUAUACGCAGCGGGUAAUCGAGAGGGGAGGGGGGGGGGACGAACUGUAUAACAGCCCGGAUCAUUGGGGUAUCUCAUUCACCUUUAAUUCUUGUUUAAGCUUGUAUUACCCUUGUUUUGCGCGUACGGUUGAUUAGAAUAAAGGGACUUUUUUCCUUCUUUCCUUUUUUUCCUUUUUCCUCCCUUCCCUUUCCACCUGUUGAUUCGAGGUGGGGUUCAGUUGGCUGUGUCGCUCCACUCAAAAUGGGCUAAUAAAAGGACGUUUGAGGGAGGAGGGAAUGUAAGCUAUGAUAGAUUGGUCGGCUAGGGAAGAAACAAUGAUAUAGAGGGGGGGGGGGCAUCAUGAAAGCUUUCUC